AGAUAGCGCGGCCGACAUGUCAUUUCCGGGCUGAGGCCCUGCGCUGUGCGCUCGCUUCCGUCACGUCUCGUCUGCCCCCGGGAGGGUCCGCGCGCCCCGUGCUCUGUCACCAGUGAGCCGAGCCGAGCGCCCGUGGUCCUCCGGGCCGGUCCUCCAGGCGGGGGUUUAGGAGCCAUUGCUGUCGACGGAGAGACGGGGACAUGAGCAGCCAUUGAGGGCGGCCAGGGUGCCGGUGAGUCCCCCUCCCCCGCAUUUGUUCGGUGUCCGGGCUUUGCUUCAGUGGAGGACCACAUGACGGGGCACAAGAAGGAGAAGCAUUAUGAGUGCGGCGUGUGUGGCCAGGCCUGGCAGAGCCCCAGUGAUCUGGAGACCCACCAGCGGGUGCACACGGGAGAACGCCCCUUCGACUGCUCAGAGUGCGGCAAGAGCUUCACCCGCUCCAACAACCUGCUGCGGCACAACCGCGUGCACUCCAGCGAGAGGCCCUUCACCUGCUCCGACUGCGGCAAGAGCUUCAAGACGGCGAAUUACCUGAAGAGACACCGGCGGGUGCACACGGGCGAGAAGCCCUAUGACUGCUCCACCUGCGGCAAGAGCUUUGCCUGGUUGUCAGGGCUGCGGGACCACCGGCAGGUGCACAGCAGUGAGCGGCCCUUCACCUGCGUGGUCUGCAGCAAAGACUUCAAGUUGUCCAGGGACCUGAAGGUGCACAGGCGCCUGCACACUGGGGAGCGGCCCUACACCUGCAGCGACUGCGGCAAGGGCUUCAUCCAGUCCAGCAACCUGCUGGUGCACCAGCGCACCCACACCGGCGAGCGCCCCUACACCUGCAGCCACUGCGGCAAGGGCUUCACCCACUCCGGCAACCUGCUGGUGCACCAGCGCACCCACACCGGCGAGCGCCCCUACACCUGCACCCAGUGCGGCAAGGGCUUCACCCACUCCAGCCACCUGCUGAAGCACCAACGCACCCACACCGGCGAGCGUCCCUUCACCUGCACCCAGUGCGGCAAGGGCUUCACCCAGUCCAGUCACCUGCUGAAGCACCAGCGCACCCAUACCGGCGAGCGCCCCUAUACCUGCGCCCAGUGCGGCAAGGGCUUCAUCCACUCCACCAGCCUGCUGGAGCACCACCGCACCCACACAGGCGAGCGCCCCUUCACCUGCGCCCAGUGCGGCAAGGGCUUCACCCGCUCCAGCAACCUGCUGAGGCACCAGCGCACCCACACCGGCGAGCGUCCCUUCACCUGCGCCCAGUGCGGCAAGGGCUUCACCCGCUCCUCCAAGCUGCUGUCCCACCAGCGGGUGCACGACAGCGACAGUCCCGUCCCUAGCCCGGUGUGUGGAGAGCACUUUGCUACGGCCUCCCACGCCCUGUCUCACCAGCACGUGCAAACCUGUGGCCAGCCCUAGGACUUCCCUUACAGUGGUGAGGAGCUUGACAGCUUGCGGGGGUUGCGGCACCACCGGUGGGCUCACGCCGACGAGCGGCUGCUCCCACGACGGCAAGCGGCUGCUCCCACGACGGCAAGCAUUUCAACAGCGCACGGUGGUACAGGUUUCACCCCUCUUGACCACCUGCUGGAGCACCGGCGAGUUCACACCAGCCAGUGCCCCUUCACUUGCCCGCUCUAUGGCAAGGCCUUUGCUCGCUCCUCCAGCCUGCUGGCACACCGCCACGUGGAUAAGAGCUGUUUAGGUAAACACAAAAUGCUGGAAGGAAUGGGUAAUGUUUCGGGUUGAGAUCUUCAGUCACCAAUACCUUCUCUCCAGAGAGGCUGCUUGUCCUGCUGAGUUACUCAAGCACUUUUUCCUUUUUUGCAAACCAGCAGUUCCUUGUUUGUAAACCAUUCUGGUUAACCACCUCUGCACCUUCUACAAAGCCUCCACAUCAGUCCUGUGAUCAGAACUGUAUGCCAUACUCCAAAUGCUACCUGACCAAUGUCCCUUAAAGCUGCACAUAUAAAUUCC